AUGAUGGAGGUGGCGGUGGAGAUCCCGCAGCCGCCGGCGUGGGACCACUUCAAGGAGGAGGUGGAGGUCAUGGAGACGGAGGGCGGCGGCACUGCCGUCGCCGCCGCCGCCGCUGCUGCAGGGGAGCUGCUGACCAGGGAGAUCAAUAAGAGGCUGCUGGUCCAUGCCCAUGAGAAUGGGAAUGGCCAUGGCCAUGUCCAUGCCAAUGGAGGAGGAGCAGAGGAGCUCAAGGCUGCUCCUGAGGUGGAGCAGAAGGAGGAGGAGAAGACUCCUGAAGAGCCCACGGUUGCUCAAGAGGAGCAGCAGCGUCACAAGAGUAUCUUCUUCGAUCCAGCCAAAGGGUUAUGGAAGUGCCGGCACUGCGAUUGGACGUACCGCCUGAGUAGUCCGUGUGGGAAUGGUACCGUAGAUCAUCGAGGCUACCGCCACCGAAUCGAACGGAAUAUCGAAUCGUUAGUUGAGAAGAAAGGAUCGUUUUACGGUUCACCGAACAAAGUUCCUGAUAUUAUUACUGAGGUAAGUGCCAGAUAUCUGGUCACGGGAACGAUGCGAUCUGGUGACGAAAAGGAAGCCGCAGGUGAAACUCCAAGUACAAAAGACAAGCAGCUUGAAGCACAUGAAAAUGGCAAUGUUCAGGAAAUCAAUCAUGGCCCAAGCAACGGCGAGUUAGAAAAUGGAACACACUCAAAUGGUUCGCAUCAGGUCCCCAAUGGCGCUGAACCUAAGACAGAGUACCUGUUUGAAAUCAACAAGACUGAAAUUCACCCAACUGAAGUUGACAAGGGCGAACCGGUCACCGAGGCUCAGCCGAAGGUCGAAGAGUACGACCUCGAGAAGAUUUUGGACCAGCAAGAAACUCAUGACCUGUUCUGUCCCAACUGCAAAUCAUGCAUAACUCGGAGGGUGAUCCUGAAGAAGAGGAAAAGGACAGUAAGGCCAGCAACCCCCGAGCCCGAUGGACCGUCAAAGAGACCGUAUACUGAAGAAGUGCUAGUGCCACUGCCUUCUGCUGCUUUAUCUCGAAGUGAUGAGCAAGAGUCACCCGAUGUAUUCAGAUGUUUGUCAUGCUUCUCCUUCUUCAUUCCAACAGGAUGCAGUUUCAACAUAUUCCGUAUAUUUGGGAGGAGGGAUGUGGACGGACAACCUGAUAUUCUGCCUCCUCCGGCAUCAGAGCACACACCUCCUCGGUCUGAAAAUUGCACAAGCUGGCUUCUAUCUUGUUUCCAGCCAGGAGAUAGCCCAAACCAAGCUGCUCCUGUAGAUCCAGCGACGGUGCCACUGCUGUCCGGUACACAGAGCUCCGACAAUACAACCACAGCAACUGAAUCUAGCUCGUCAUAUGUUCAUUAUAGCCAUGGCACAGUUGUAAAACCAAAGCAGUCGACAGUCGAAUCUUCUUCGGAGAACCAAGCUGCUGAAGAUCCAGCGACGAUGCCACUGCAGUCCGAGACGCAGAACUCCAGUGAUACAACCACAACAACUGAAUCUAGCAUAUCCUAUGUUCAUCAUAGUCAUGGCACAGUUGUAAAACCAGAGCACUCAAUAACCGAAUCAUCGUCGGAAGAUCAGACGACGACAACCACCACAACUAGGACCACGAAAGCAACAGCUACGUCAUCCUCGACAACCACAUCAAAAGCAGCUAACACAUCAUCUCACACACAGUCUGCUGCAGGGAUCUUCCACACAGACACACUGGAAGUGAUAACCGGUGAAAUGCCUCCCCCGAAGCCUGCCGGUGGCGCUAUCAUGGAUGGAAAUCACCACCUACUUGGCCAUGAAGAUGUCCACAAAACUACAACGACUACCUUCGAGAAUGGCUUUACAACCCAUUCAGUUCACACAUCAGGACCGAAGGUCGAUGGCCCGAAUGUGACAAAUAUCGCGAGGGGCGACAUAACAACUACGCCGAUUCCACAAGCAACAGGUCCACAUCAUGUAGCGGUAUCAGUCCCUGAAGAAGUGAAUCUGGUUGCUCCUAGUCCACAACAGAGGGAUGACUGGGAUAUAUUGAAAGCUAUAGUGUAUGGAGGCUUAGUGGAGUCAGUCACCAGCCUCUCUGUUGUUUCGGCAGCAGCAUCAAGCGGCGCCAAAACAUUGGACAUAUUCAUCUUGGGCAUGGCCAACCUUAUUGGAGGACUCCCACUCAUUUUCCACAAUAUCGCUGAUCUGAGAAACAUCCAAGACGUGAGCAACGAGAAGGAGCGGGUCGGCCACUACUGGCUGCAGCUCGGAAGGCGGUCGAAAGCCCGGCUCCACAUGGUCCUGGCCCUGCUAUCAUACAUGGUGUUCGGGCUACUUCCACCGGUCGUCUACGGGCUGUCGUUCCGCGAGAGCAACAACAGGGAGAACAAGAUGAUGGCAGUCGCCGGUGCUUCGCUCAUGUGCAUCGCUCUGCUGGCGCUCGGAAAGGCGCAUGUCAAGACAGCACCCAGGACAUACUUCCAGACCCUCAUGUACUACCUGACCAUCGCCGUGAGCUCGUCGGGGCUGUCGUACGUCGCCGGCGUGCUCAUCACGCGGCUCCUGGAGCAUUUUGGUGUCAUCGAGCAAGGCGGGUCGGCUGCUCCUGCUCCUCCAGGCCUGUCGUUCCCUCAUUCGGUGGGUGCACAAACAUCUGCCUGGGCCUCAUUCUGA